UAUAUUAUUCGAUCGGCCAUCUCCUUCUAGGCAUCGUCUUGAGUCGGGGCUUGCUUUUUUUAAACUCGAGCAAUAUCUUGGACCACCCUACUAUUUACCGCCUUGCUCCCCUCCCUGCUCUUUGUUCAUGCCUCCAGAGCCCGUCCUAGUCUUGACUCUUCAUAUAUGCUUACUUCAACCCCGAAUCUGAUUCACAUGGCUGCUGUCGUGCACAUGACCAAGACUCUGGCUCCAUCUUACUAUCUACGUCACUCACCGUCCGGCGGAAUCCUACACAGCUUCUCGACCUGGUACCUAGGUAGGUAGACAGAGAAAGCACGCCGUCUGCCGGGGGCCUAAAAGCCAACAAGGUAUCCAAGCUCGGCAGCAACGACAACUAUCUAUUUAGGUAGUCCGGCAGCUUUCUCCCAUCAUAGUUCGAAACAAACGAACCCAAAAAAACAACAACCAAACAAACCAAAGCAGGCCUGAUGUCUGCGUCGACCGGCUCUCGGAUCAGGUCCCUGUCCCUACUCUUCCAUCAUAACCGGGCGGACCCCGCAAUAACACCAACUGCCAUGACGAAACCGAACCAAGAGCUCGACAACCUGCCGGUCCCUGCUGAACACCCGAGUGGUGGCACUGAUAGUGCCGCUGUUGCUGCUGCUGCUGCUGCUCAUGUGUCUGGGCCCCCAAAGGCCCAUCUUCAACACCACGUUUCUUGCGCUGCCAUUACCCCGCCGGCCAGUCCCCCCGUACCGCCAAGACCGCUCGACGAGAACGAUUCCCACUCCAACUUUUCCACCAACGGUGUAACAGGCACACGCAGCGACGACACAUGCUCGCUGGCCCAGUCGCAUACAAGCACCAACUACAGUUCGCGCAGGGAGUACAUGGACAGUCUGGUGCCACCAUCGCAAGACGAGUUUGAAAAGAUCGCCGAGGUCCAGCGUACGCGCGAAGAGGAGAUCAAGAAGAGCAAGACGAGGAGGCGACCCAUGCAGACCCAACACCUCCACGACCACUUCCACAACCCCCGGCGCUCGCAGGACGGGCAGGAAGACGUCGCCGGGGGCGAGCCGCAGCCAGAACUGCAAUCGCAGGCGGAGGCCGAAGGGCGCGACAGGUCCGACAGCGACGCUGCCGUCAACAGGGCCGCGACGCUGAUCCAGCGCAACUACCGCGGGUAUCGCGUGCGGCGGGAGAUGCAGGGUCUGAGCCUCGACCCCUCGACGAGAUGGGUCUCGGCCAUCGACGAGCUGCAGUUCCGCGAGCUCAACCGCCCGCGCGCAAAGAGCUCCGUCAGCCCCGCGGGGCUGGCCGCCGCCAACAGCGACCAGCACAGUCUGCUCUCGAGGGACUCAGAGGGCGGCAUGAGCCAUCCGACGACGGCGCGUGAGAACUGGCGGAAGGCAGCGACCAUCGCCCGGCGUGCGGGCCACGAUGACGUCGAGUCUGACUCGGACUCAUCCGCAUCGUCGUCGGACUCGGAGGAGUCACCCGAGCAGCGGGCUGAGAAGAGGAGGCGUCGCGAAGAGGCCGUGGCCCGGAGGAAAAAGGACUCUAAAAUGAUGGGGUUGCAGUACUUCCUCGAGAUGGUCGACCUCAAGCACCGCUACGGCAGCAACCUGCGGGUGUACCACGAGGAGUGGAAGAGAGCCGACACGAACGAGAACUUCUUCUACUGGCUCGACUUCGGCGGUGGACGCAACGUCGAGAUGGAGGCGUGCCCGCGCGACCGUCUCGAGAGGGAGCAGGUGCGGUACCUGUCGCGCGAGGAGAGGCAGUACUAUUUGGUGCAAGUCGAUGACGACGGGCGCCUGUGCUGGGCCAAGAACGGCGCGCGCAUCGACACAACCGAGGCAUUCAAAGACAGCGUCCACGGCAUUGUCCCCGCCGACGACCCGACGCCGGCGUGGUCGCAGAACAACCCGCCGCCGCCUCCUCCCGACGCGGGAAACGACGACGACGAUAGCCGGUCCGAGUCCUCGGUGGAAUCGGCGCUCGAGGCGGACCGCGCCGCCAAGUAUGCCACUCCCGACCUUGACGGCGCGACGGGCGUGCGCAAGGUAUCGCACAUCUCGGCGGCGACCGUCUUCAACAAGCUGUUGCGCAAGUCUGUCAAGAAGAAUACGUGGAUCUUUGUCGCCGACACGAGUUUCAGGCUAUAUGUGGGCAUCAAGUCCUCGGGCGCGUUUCAGCACUCGAGCUUCCUUCAGGGCAGCCGCAUCUCGUCGGCCGGGCUCAUCAAGAUCAAGGACGGCCGACUGUCGAGCUUGUCGCCGCUGAGCGGGCACUACCGCCCACCGGCGUCCAACUUCCGCGCCUUCGUGCGGAACCUCAAGGACGCUGGCGUCGACACAUCACACGUGAGCAUAUCCAAGUCGUACGCCGUGCUGGUUGGGCUCGAGGUGUACGUCAAAACGAGGCAGAAGGGCAAGCGAACGUUGGAGAAGAUGACGCACAAAAAGGAGAGGAUCAUGGCCCCCGAGGCGUUCCGGCGACGUGAAGAGGACGAGAAGGACAAGAGCGAGAGCGCCGCCAAGGAGCGUCGGGUGCUCGAGAAGGAGGCCGAGGAGAGGGAGGAGAACCGGGCGGGUGUGAAGCUGAUGCGGAAGCUGAACCUCGCGCCGCAGUUGCCGACGGAGCAGAAAGAGUCCGAGGACAGGGCCGAGGGGGGACCGGCGAUGGAGACGUUAGCAGAGGAAAGGACAAGGGAGGAGGGGACCGGCGUCGGGCCUGAGAGCCGGGGACCUGGGGUUUAGGUGAUCCCGAGGUGGCGGUAGUCAGAAGCACAGAUGUGUCCGUCGAACCUAGGGCGUCGGAAGAGGUCUGGAUGGUGUUCUGUCACAGGCCAGGUGGGCGCGAUUUCGGUUUUGCCUUUGUUUUGAGAGUUGUUUAUACCCCUUCCAACUUUGCGUUGCGCUGGCCCUGGUAGUUUGUGUUCCCGAACGUUUAGAAACGAGAUAAAAG